GUGAGCAGUGAGCAGUGAGCGGCGGACGGCAGUGAGCAGGGGACGUCCGUGUGUACAGGUGUACGGUGUCGCACGCUGCGAGUGUUUGCGAAAACAUUGAAGUGCAAGUGCAACUUCUGAAUCCGGUCGCGUCCAGUCACCAGUGACCACCGACAGACCACAGACGUACAGCACAGAUAAAUAUAUAUAACUGCAAGGAUGGCGCUCAAGUCGUGUUCCGGGGCUGCCGGGUCGAACACCCGUAGGAUAAGCUAUUGUUUCAUAGCCAUGUUUUUAUUAGGUUUGCCGGUCGCGCGGCCGCAGAGCAACGAGACCAUGUACGUCAACAUCACCGACAUCAAGCUGCUGGUGGAGGAGACCUUCCUGUUCCAGCUCGUACAAGUAGGAGAAUACAACACGACACUGAACGUGUCCGCGCAGAUCCAGCACCCGGACAUCGUGCAGUUCUUCCCGCCGGUGGUGACGGUGCCGGGCAGCGCGCGGCCCAACGCGUCGGCGCUGCGCACGCACGACAUCUGCGCCUACGGCCGGAGCCCGGGACAUUCUGACGUCACGUUCAAUGUCACUCCCACCGGAUUCGUCAGCCUGCAGAACGUGUUCCUGCGCGUGACGGUGAUGCACUCGCAGCACAUCUACGUGCUGUCGUACAUCAUGGGCUGGAUCUACUUCGCUGCGUGGUCGGUGUCGUUCUACAUGCAGAUCUACAUCAACUUCCGUCGCAAGAGCGUGGUGGGGCUCAACUUUGACUUCCUGGCGCUCAACAUCAUGGGCUUCACCAUGUACUCGCUCUUCAACUGCGGCCUGUACUUCUCCCAGGCUAUACAGGCCGAGUACUUCAGCCGCCACCCGCGCAGCCACAACCCGGUGCAGCUCAACGACGUGUUCUUCUCGCUGCACGCCGCCUUCGCCACGCUCGUCACCAUCACCCAGUGCUUCAUAUAUGAGAGAGAAAACCAGCGAGUAUCCAACGUGGGGCGCGCGAUCCUGGGCGCCUUCGUGGGCGUCAUCGUAGUGACGGCGAGCCUGGGCGCCGCUCACAAGCUGGCCUGGCUCGACUUCCUCUACUACUGCAGCUACAUCAAGCUGUGCAUCACGCUCAUCAAAUACGUGCCUCAAGCGUACAUGAACUACAAGCGCAAGUCGACGGUGGGCUGGUCCAUCGGCAACAUCUUCCUGGACUUCACGGGCGGCUUCCUCUCCAUCCUGCAGAUGACCCUCAACGCGUACAACUACAACGACUGGAUCUCCUUCUUCGGAGACGCCACCAAGUUCGGCCUCGGCGCCUUCUCGCUCGCCUUUGACAUCUUCUUCAUGCUGCAGCACUACGUGUUCUACAGGCACGCCGACGCGAAGAAGUACGACCUCGAGGCGAAGGCGUGAGGCGACGCUCCGUAAUGUAUAACGAGGCAGUAGAAAAGGCGAGUUACACUACAAGUUCAGAGAGAGCACUCGCCGUGCGGUCCAGUGGCGAGCGCCGGCGGUCCAUACGUUUGUGUUCCAGUUCAGAGGAGUACAAGUCGACGCGUCGCAGUACUUCUAUUGACUCGUUAUGAAGAGUUCUAUGAUAAUUUGAAUUCAUUAGUUAUUUAUUCGCAAUUUAAUUGUACAAGUAAUUUUUUAUUAUUUUAGUUAAUUUUAUGUUGACUAUUCCGGUAACGGUAUUCCGGUUUCCGGUUUCAUUCGACGAAGAUCCGAUGAGCCGGACGAUGCGACGAAGCUUCUGAUGUAUCGCUAAAAUGCAAAAACCUUUUGCACUUCAAAGCUUACACUCCGCUAUGUAUUCAUAAAUUAAGUUCAACAUUUACUAAGAUCUGAUGUGUAGGCAACCAAAGUAUUAAAUGACAUAAUAUUCAGCUUCAAUUACAUGACAGGUCGAGUGGUAAUCGAGCAGGUACUACCUAGAUUACUUGAUUUGCACUACUGCGUCCGCACCAGCGCUCGUGCGUGCGUGCGUGCGCGUGCGUGCGUGCGUGCGCGUGCGUGUGUGUGUGCGUGCGUGCGCGUGUCUGUGUGUGUGUGCGUGUGUGUGCGUGUGUGUGUGCGUGUGUGUGUGCGUGUGUGCGUGUGUGUGUGUGUGUGUGUGUGUGUGUGUGUGUGUGUGUAUGGAGUGUUAGGUUACAGUGAUCUAGUUAUAGCUACAGUAAGAUAAUAUACACCGUGAAGUUUCCUUCGUCUUAAACCAAAAUCACACACCAUGUACCCAAUUAUCAAGUAUUAAAAAAAACCAAAGUAUAAUUCAGUUAUGGAGUUACGGUAGUAACAAACAUUAAAAAUCGAUUAUUUUUAAAACAUUCUGUAUUUUCAAACACCAUCCUAUUCGCGGGAUGCCGCUAUGCGGCUCUACGGUGCCUUUGAGGUCAUUCACUUUAGCUUAAACUGGGUCAAAGUCCAAAGAUUUUAUGUAUAGGAUAUAGAACGGAACAGAAUUUAACAGGAUCUUAAAAAAAAUUAAUUAUGAAUUUUGACCUUGAGGUCAUUUUUGAUAUUGUUAAGGGAUUUCUUGUAUUGGACUAAUUACUGUCGGGGCAGCUUACAGACGGUGAAACUAGCACGGUGUACCUUUGACGCAGAAUAGUUAUUGUAGAGAAAAUAAUUGUUUGCUUUGGUCUCGUACCAAACUACAGGCUAAAAAUUCAAAUAAUUUAAAUUUUGUACGACCAUUUCUAAAGAUUUGUCGAUAUAUUUCAACUUUUUGAAAGUAUACAAGUAAUAUAAGUAUAAUAUAUAUGUGUGUGGUUGGGAGCGUGGACUGCUAUUGUAUAAGAUAUUGUUGGUCUUUAUUGUUUAUAUAAAAAGAUAAAGCUUCGAUGUUACGAUGAUCUGUGAUGAAGACACAUUUUAUAUUAAAAUGUGAUCAAUUCCAAUGCAUUUUGAUUUAAAUCCUGUCAUACAGCCAAUGUAAGGGUGCAAGCACACUUGUAACGUCUCCUCUCACACAGCCAAUGUAAGGGUGCAAGCACACUUGUAACGUGUCCUCUCACACAGCCAAUGUAAGGGUGCAAGCACACUUGUAACGUCCCGCAAUGCAGCGACUCAUUGCUGCGUCACACAAUCGCAAGUCUAGUGCUUUGGUAUCUCAGUAAACAAACCCUGUCUGAUAAAGUUUUCACUAACACUGAGUUAGCUAGUUCGCUUCUAGCACAUCUGCUCGAGGCGCUACACACUUGUUGACUGAGAUGGUGCUCAUUAUUAAUAAUGAACAGCACUCACUUUACUGAGAGGUUAUACUGUACCUACAUUGAGAUGCGUUUUUAAUCACAUCCCAACAUGCAAACAUACAUACAUCUAAACAAAUCAGCACAAUUUAAGCGAAUAUACUGUUCAUUGCAAUAGUGCUAAUUCAUGGUCAUCAAAACAUUUUAAAGUAAACGAUUUUGUCAGACUGAAAUUAGUAUCCUUUUAAACUAAGUAUUGAAACAUUUACCUUCCUACCUGUACUGCCGGCUGAAGUGCUAGGAGAAUGAACUACCUCUCCUCUACCAAAUGACGUCGGCUUAGUGUCCCCGCACCGGAUGGUAAAGGAAAUCUCUAAUAUUACAUCUGACAAUUUAGUUUACGAUGUGUGUACUACACAUUGUGAGUACUGUUAUGUUACGUCUAUUGUAUUAUAUUAAUAUUUAAGACAUAAGUAUUUUUAGAUAAUAAAUUAAUUUUGGUUU